AUGUCUUCGAAUCAGACGAAGAUGAAGAUAGCCAGCAGAUGUCGAAAAAAUAUUCCGCUUCGAGACAGAAAUCUGGGAAAGCUGAUAAGAUAUGAGGAGAUUAGAGGGUGGACUAUGAAAGGAGCUCCAUUCUUAGACUUAUUGAGCACUUGUAUUCAUGCGUGGUAUGGAUCAUAUGCAUAUCGAACAAUUACAAGUGAAGCGACGAAAGGAGUUGUAAAUGCGAGUAUGAAUCACAACUUGUGA